AUCGCAGUAGACCUGCUUCAGCCCAAAUCCUCGCUCGUCCGAGGUCAAGAAACCAAUUUCUCAUCUGUCACUUCGGUCUCGAGCCGUCCCUCAUUCACAAUUCGUUCCUCAAGCCCCCGGUCGUCUCUCCCAUAUCCGCCGCGGAGUCUCCCUCUGCGCACCAUCCUCAAGCCCGGCAGCCCCCGUCCGAAACUCUCGCUUAUAACCGACUUCGAAACAAGUAUCCCGUUGAGAAUGCGUUUUCAGGCACCUCAGCUCGGCGCCCUCGGCGUGACCUUCAUAGCUUUCCGGGCGAUGCAAUUUGCUUCGCUCAUCGCCAUCAUCGGCAUAACUGCCAACUUCAUCAACGAGAUCGUAACCUCGGAACGCGACGCGCCAGACGUGCUGGUCGGUACCCUUGCCGUGGCAAGUAUCGCAACUCUCUACGUUUCGAUCUCCUAUAUCCUGUAUUACGACCAGCUUCUCCCCCUCCUGGUCGCAGGCGGGAUAGAUCUAGCGCUCCUCGUCGCGGCUAUCGUGGUCGCGGUCACUAUCGGAAAGCCCCUAUCCUUACUUAAGUGCGAGCUGCUUCCGCAGCCUGCCGCACCAACCCAGACAUUUACCAUGUCCAUCUCGGCUCGUAACUACGCCUCAGCAGCUGCCAAGUACAACAACUACCUGGCCUUGAUUACAACCGACCAGCCGCACUGCUACGAGAUCAAGGCAGCCUGGGGCCUGAGCAUCGCGCUCUGCGUGCUCUUCGCCUUUUCUAGCGUGAUCUGCGUCGGGCUGUGGCGCCGCACCAAGGCCGUCGCCGCAGCUCCCAAGGACAUCGAAGGCUAGGGGCGCGCGGGCACGCGUGGGGACUCCAGGGGAGCUGCUGUGACUGAGAAAUCCGAGAGGGGCUUUGGUCCCCUGCAGCAGAAUUCGGGACCGGCCGCUCUUGGAACUCGACUCCUCGCCGCCAAGGGUUCCGACCGGUGGAUUCCCCCGCC